UCACCCCCCCCCUACCCCUCUCACAUAAUCCAAAAUGGCAGCCACCGUCGGGAGACUUCUGAGGAGCUCUGCCAAGCUUGCAGCAGGAGGGUUGAAGGUCACAGCAGCCGGUCAACAUGCAGGGAUGCUCCAGAGGAGCUGUUUCUCUACCGCCUCCUCCAGGUGGAGCCCGGCCGUCACGCAGCCGGCUCCGGCCUUCAAGGCCACCGCCGUCCACGACGGGGAGUUCAAGGAGAUGAGCCUGGAGGACUUCAAGGGCAAAUACCUGGUGCUGUUCUUCUACCCGCUGGACUUCACCUUCGUGUGUCCCACGGAGAUCAUCUCCUUCAGCGACAAGGCCAACGAGUUCCACGACAUCAACUGUGAGGUCGUGGGCGUGUCCGUGGACUCCCACUUCGCCCACCUGGCGUGGAUCAACAUGCCGCGCAAGACUGGAGGCCUGGGCCACAUCCACAUCCCCCUCCUGUCGGACCUCAACAAGCAGAUCUCUAGAGACUACGGCGUCCUGCUGGAGGGCCCUGGCAUUGCACUCAGGGGGCUGUUUGUCAUCGACCCCCACGGCGUGGUGAGACACAUGAGCGUGAACGACCUCCCGGUCGGCCGCAGUGUGGAGGAGACGCUCCGCCUGGUGAAGGCCUUCCAGUUCGUGGAGACGCACGGCGAGGUGUGUCCGGCCAGCUGGACCCCCAAGUCCCCCACGAUCAAACCGACCCCAGAAGGGUCCAAGGAGUACUUUGAAACCGUCAACUGAGGAACACCAGCACACACAUUUACUGUUGGUGUAGAUAUUAUAUGACUAAUAGUUUAUGCAUUGUAUGUACUCUAUAAACAUAAUAAACUCAUGCUUUGUAAACAGAA